GACACUGAGCAUCAUCUUGGGAUUCUCAGCCCUACCGAGUCCACUCUGCCCACCCCACAAUACCCGAGGCAUGGUGGUCUGACUUAUCGAACCAUCAGUAUGCAGCUGCGUCAUGGUUUGGCUAGGCUGCGGGCUUCCAGCAUGUCGGCUUGCGAAGGCUAGGCGGUUCGAUGCAAUGCGCGCAUCUUGUCCGAAAUCGGGGUGCAGUCGUGAUCUGGCGCUAAGGAUGACGGUGUCAAAUCGAACCUGGAGGGUGGGUUAUGUGCAACAUAAGGACUACAGAGGCCUCAAGAGCUCAGCAAUUACGUCGAAUUGUCCGAAGCUUUCCAGCCAAGUCCAACGCGUGUUUCGAUCAGUCCAAGAAGACGGCCACGCGACACAGCUUCCUGAACAAUGUUCUGAGUCUCGAGGGGCUAGCAGCGGCGCUGCCUAAAUAGAGGAUGCGAUGGGCAGACAUUGCUCGCCUAGAGCCGCUCCAAAGCCCAAUGACGCAAACGGAGUUGAUAUCCGCCGGGUCUAGCU